AAGAUAUCCCCUUUCGAAUGGAUAAAGCCUCAAGCACCCAGUCUUGACGAGCUAGCCCUGAAUCCUUGGUUUUCAGGUCAUUUAGCUGUCGAUGGACCAGAAAGACACCUGCUUGGUCUCGUGGACUUCCUAAGCCUCAUCAAUUGGCUGUCAGAUCCGCUGGCUAUGAUAGUGCAUCCCAGAAAGCUCGAAAUCGCGGAAAGAAUACGCAACUUCACACCUCUGGGAACUCUGGUCGACUCUCUUCGGGAUCAGCGGAUUGAUACGCCCUACGCAAUGCUGCCUACGCUCGGACUAACCUUUAUGCUCAGAGGUGGUUGGACUGCCUGCAAGCGCUUCGUCGAAUUAAUUGCUGAGCAUGCCCAAAGACCGGUUCUACAAGUCGGAUAUGUGUUCAAUUCUCAC